UAAAAUGUAUUGUACGUAGUACGUAGUACGUAGACAUGUCGCUGUCAACUCUUAAUAACGCCGAAGUGGCUAUGACGCGAUAAGAAAAUUGUGUAAUAUUCUAAACUACAGAAAGAAACUACUGUAUUGUGGUAUAUUAUUACAUAUAUUACAAGCUUAAAGAUAAAAUCAAGAACCAGCUACUGCUGUCGGUUUCGAGAGUAGCUGCAGGUGGGGGAAGACCCGAUAAAAUGCAGGUGAAGAAAAACAAAAGAAUGGUGAUCAUCAGUUAACUUAUAAGGCGUAACAAUUGCCAAAUGGCCAACUGUAAAUAGGCGACCGUUGUUAUAAUUACGCAGUGUUGAAUAGAUCGAUCCAUCAAAGUAAUAAAAAGCGAAAAUUUUCCGAAUAAUGAACAAACCGGAAUUGUACAUAAGAGCUAAUAACCCACAGCGGAACGAUGCUGAUGAUAUUUCUGAUGAGUUCGAGGAGGUUAUUAGAAAAAUGUCCGGACGUUGCCUGGACAUUGGAUCUGGACCUGGAGACGUGGUGAUGGAUUUCAUAUUGCCAAAGCUGAACCCGAAUGCUACCAUUGUCUGUUCAGACAUUUCCGAGGCCGUGGUGAAGUUUGGAAAGGAUACGUACGGGGGAAACAGUCGGGUGAAUUUCGUCAAACUGGACAUCCAGACUCCGAAUUUACCAAGGAAUCUAGUCGGACGAUUUGAUCAUGUCACUUCGUUCUACUGUUUACAUUGGUGCCAGGAUAUGCGGCAAGUGUUUGACAACAUUUAUAACUUACUUCAACCUGGUGGAACUUCCCUUUUAGUAUUUGCGGCUAAUCACCCUAGCCUGGAUGCUUACAAGGUCUUGGCAGCCACGACUUGUUACAAGCCCUACAUGACGGACGCAGACCGUUACAUUCCGUUUUAUCAGCACACUGACCAGCAACGCAAAACUCUGAAGACCUUACUAAAAGAAGUUGGAUUUGAAGUUUGCCAUUGCAGCCGCAGAGAGAAAAGUUACGUUUUCGAUAAACUGGAGGAAUUAAGCCAAUACAUGCUCGCUGUGGAUUCGUUCAUAGACAGAAUGCCGAUGGAUCUAAGAGAUGAGUACAAAAAAGAUUUGGUCAAAGAAGUUGCAAGACAACAAUUUAUAUUCAACCAGAAUCCAAGUAACGAAGAUAUCUACAGUGUAUUGUCUAUAUAUUAUUUGUUCGUAGUUUACAUAAGAAAGCCUUUGUAAGAACGAUAUUAUCACUAGAGAUUAUAAUGAAACCAGAAUCAAUUAUCUGAAGCAUGGAAGAAUACAAAUUGUAAAAUAUAAUCGCACAUACCUAUAACUACGAAAUAAUAAUGUUUCGAUCCCAACGAAAUAUCAAUUUACUCAGUUUUGAACUCUGAUCAUCUCCUAAUGAAUACGACAAGGAAUGUUUCCUUGAAUUUAAUAAAUCAGUACUCUCAAUGCAGCGAAUAAAGAUCGUGUUCGCGCCUAGUGAGCUAGGCUGAAACAGUACGAGGGCUGCUCCCUGAAUCAAAGCCAAUAGCAUAUUUUUCGACUGGCUCCAGUCAAGCACCUUCCACAAGAUUAUGCAGCUUAAUCGAAGG